AUACCGGAUAGACAGCUAAAAAAAAAAAAAAUAAUAAUAAAAAAAAAAUUAACGUUUUGAAAGCAAAAUUACGAAACACACACAGAGCAGAGGAGUCUUUCGGUCCAAGCUUAAAUUAAUUGUUCUCGUUGGUGCAUUACCCACAUUAUAUAUCGACAUCGACAUUUGCCGAAGGCAUCGAAGGAAUGCAGACGAAAAUCUGGGACUCACCGCAGCUGGGUGGUUCCGGUGGUGCCCUGAAGGCCUUGACCCGCAAUGUGGCCAACCACCUGAAGCUGAACCGGACCAGCAUGAAGCGCGUGGUGGCCCAGGUGGUGGCGGAGCAUCAUACCCUCGGCGAGGUGGCCGACUACAAGGGGCACAUGUACUUUGCCAAGCCGGACCGCUUGAAUUUCAACGAGCUGAUUACCCAGUCGAAGGAGGCCUUCGAUGAUUUCCUCCUCCACGAGCCGCGUUCAUCCCGCAAGCGAACAAUCAAACCACGAGCCACCAAGAUCCACAUGCAGAAGAAGGUCUCGCCACCGCAAUCGACAGUCCCACCGAAGAAAGGUACGGUUGCCAGGAAGCCUGCUCCACCGUUGCGAAAAGGUUCGCGCCGAAGGAUGAGCUCCACCACAGUUUUUCAGCUGGCAGCUGAUGCAGGUCGUCGCAGUCUGAACGGUGUCAUCAUCGACGACACGCACUUGAAGCCCGAUGAGAAGCGUCGGGAGAUCCUGUUGCACGUUCCUCCGGUGUCGGCAAAGCGUUCCCGCAGGCGUCUCCACCGAGCUGCCUCUGGAAAGGGCGGUAAACUGCAGCAGCAGCAGCAGCCCAAGCAGGAUCCGGCUGCCAGGAAGGUGGUUCCCAACCAGGAAAAGAACCCACAGGAGGAGAAUGUCGCGCAGGUGAAGAAGCAACAGAUGCCGCCGAAGAUACAGAAACAAAAGCAAGUGCAGAAGAACGCCCAGAAUCAAAAGCAAAAUGAUUGCUCCACCAAUUGCUCCACUAAUUGCUCAACCAAUCGCUCACCCAAUCCCUCGCCAUCUCGCCCAUGUACUCUCUCCCCAUUGAGGUCACCAACCCCUGGACUGGGGUCACCACCGGGCAAUCCAGCCCCUCGCGCUUUAUCACCAGCUCGUUCCGUGGCCUCAAUUCAAAGAAGGCAGUCUGCACAAUCCCUUGGAUCUGAAAGGCAGGUAGCCUUCGGUACUGUCUUCUAUCGCAGUUCAAGGACCAAGGUCAGGCGCAAGCCGAAGACGCUCAAGAAGAAACGACCUGUGGUGCAUAGGAACUACGACAAGCCCUGGCUGGUGGGACGCUCCAAAAGGAGACUGGCUGGUGGAUACCAAAUGAACAAAAAGGUCUUGCCCGCUGUAAAGCCGCCGAGUCUGGAUGAAAAAGAAUUGGAUUUGGAGGAGAAGGUGCCCGGAAGCGGAGGGCAGCCGAACUCAGUCCGUUUGAAGAGCCGCAAGAGGGCCACACACGUUAUGCGCCAAAUGCGCAAUGUGAGCUUGCCCUGGUAUACGCCGUACCAAUUCCAAGGCGGUGCCGGAGCCACCCAGACACCAAGUCCGGAGGUAGGGAUACCGCCCCAUCGCCUGCUGAAGGCGAAGACCCACAAGCUUCAGCGCAGACUGACGGCUGUCCAGCCGCAACUGCAGCAGCCACUUGCGAUGCCCCAAAUGCGACGUGGUCCGAAUUUCACCAAACGCCAGCGACACGAUCGCAGCGAGCAGGAGCGUUUGAUGAGGGAAUUGCAACGCGAGGAGGCCAUCGACGAGCCGUUGUCCCAUGGAUCGGGCCUAUUUCGAGGUGCCCGCCGGCAGAAGCCCAAGGACCAACAGCAGGAUCACCGUUCUGUGGAGCGCAUGAGCUCGCGGACAAAGCGUUUGUCCAACGACAGGCGCCAACGACGCCAGCCCAUGGUCACCAGUGAGCGAAUUGUGAUCCCGUCGACGACGCCGCCGCCGAACCCGGCUAUGAAGCGAAGUCCUCCAAAUUCCAGUGCCCGAGUCGCCCAGCCGAGGCGAAGGAUCCGCUCCAUACCCGUGGACAGCAGCCUGGGCAGCAUUGCACUGUUGGGUCUGCCAUCGAACGACAAACUGACUCCCGCCAAGUGCCAUCUCACCAUUGCCUUCAGGAGCAAGGGAUCGAAGCGUGCCAAGCCAAUCAAUCAGCCCUGGAAAUAGGACAUCUGUGCUCCUCGAUUUUGAUCAGUCAUUUUUUGGCUGUCACUUUUCCAACGCUGAUGGACGCUGGUUACCCAUCUAUUCGGUUUUCUUUUUCGUUAAAUCUAAAUAAAUUAUCAAGUUGGAAUGCCAAUUGGAUGGCAUAG